AUGAGUUUCCAGAGUGCAACAAAUUCAGAGAAUGAAACUUUAGUUCACCCAGAAAUGUUUUACAUAAAUGGUUUACAUGGUUUGCUCUUUGCAAAUUAUUUUUAUAUUUUUUUGUUCAUCGUUUAUAUUUUUACAAUAUUUGCUAAUGUAUUUGUGAUUUUAUUGAUAUAUUUUGAUCAAAAUCUUCAUAAUCCAAAAUAUAUUGCUGUCACUCACUUAACCUGUGCUGAUUUAUGUACAUCUACAGCUUUAAUUCCUAAAAUAAUAGAAAUAUUUCUUUUUAACUCCAAUUUUAUUUCAUAUGAUGCAUGUUUGGCUAAUAUGUUUUUUGUUCAUUUCUUUAAUGGAAUACAAUCUCUUUCUCUGGCAAUCCUGGCGUAUGACCGGUUUAUUGCCAUAUGUUACCCUUUACAAUAUCAUAGUAUUAAUACUAACAGCAGGAUGGUCAUAAUUAUAUUUUCAGUUUGGGGGCUUUCUGCACUCCUAUUGUCUACUAUGGUUCUUUUAAUUCGAAGAUUGAGUUUCUGCCAGUCAGUAGUGAUAAACAGUUACUUUUGUGAUCACGGACCUGUCUACAGACUAGCCUGCAAUGAUUUUCACCUAAAUUUAAUAAUUGGUUUUGUAUGCAUUGCUUUGUUACUUUUUACACCCCUGACAUUCAUUCUGAUUUCAUAUGUAGCAAUUGGGCUUGCGCUGCAAAAAAUUGCAACAGUAGAUGAAAGACAAAAAGCUCUGAAAACAUGUACAUCCCACAUCAUUCUGGUGGCAAUGUUUUAUCUUCCAGUGGCGGUUACAUAUGUUGCUUCACAGUUUGCGAAUUUUCAUCCCAAUGCAAGAAUUUUAAGUAACUCAAUGGCUGCUGCAAUUCCUCCAAUGCUCAACCCCAUAGUCUAUACGCUUAAAACAGAAGAGAUAAUGGAUUCAAUCAAAAAACAUUAUAAAAGAAAAGAACAUUUUAUAGAAAACUGA